AUGAGACCAGGCGCUAAGACAAUGGUACAAAGCGCCUGGUUUGAAAGAAAAACAAUCUCUUAUAUAGAAGUUGUUGUACAGAAACAUUCGAAUGCCAUUGCACCGGUCAAAUUGUUCUUAAUGCGGCCCUUCAAAAGUCAAAUUGUUCUCAAUGCGGCCCUUCAAAAGUCAAAUUGUUCUCAAUGCGGCCCUUCAAAAGUCAAAUUGUUCUCAAUGUGGCCCUUCAAAAGUCAAAUUGUUCUCAAUGCGGCCCUUCAAAAGUCAAAUUGUUUUCAAUGCGGCCCUUCAAAAGUCAAAUUGUUCUCAAUGCGGCCCUUCAAAAGUCAAAUUGUUCUCAAUGCGGCCCUUCAAAAGUCAAAUUGUUCUCAAUGCGGCCCUUCAAAAGUCAAAUUGUUCUCAAUGCGGCUCUUCAAAAGUCAAAUUGUUCUCAAUGCGGCCCUUCAAAAGUCAAAUUGUUCUCAAUGCGGCCCUUCAAAAGUCAAAUUGUUCUCAAUGCGGCCCUUCAAAAGUCAAAUUGUUCUCAAUGCGGCCCUUCAAAAGUCAAAUUGUUCUCAAUGCGGCCCUUCAAAAGCCACAAUUCGUUUUCAUUUCUCAACAUCAUUCAAGUGCCAAACUUUGCCCUUCAACACAUUCUCAAAAGUGGACAACCAGUGA